GCCUUCCCUUCCUGUCCUCAGCGGCCGGGCCCACGGCCCCGAGCAGCCAUGCUGGGCGCGCGGGCCUGGUUGGGCCGCGUCCUUCUGCUGCCCCGCGCCGGUGCAGGCCUCGCCGCGAGCCGCAGGUCUGCCUGCAGUCCCAUUUCCAGGCUGAACUCCCUGAGGUCUCUGAUUCCCUAGGUGUCCUGGAGUCUGGCCCAGGACCUGGCCCCACAGGAGUCCCAGCAGGCCCAGGAGGUUGGGGGAGACUAACCUGGCAAGGAGCCCCCAAUGAGCCACCUCUCCUCACCCCCCAAAAAACAUAAGGGGGAGCGCAAAGGCCACAGUCUCCCCCAUGGUUCAGAAAGGGGUAGCUCCUCCCGGGACAAGGACCGAAGUGCGACGGUCAGUAGUUCAGUGCCCAUGCCUGCUGGAGGGAAGGGAAGCCAUCCUUCAUCUACACCCCAGAGGGUCCCCAACCGCCUGAUCCACGAGAAGUCACCAUACCUCCUACAACAUGCCUACAAUCCUGUGGACUGGUACCCCUGGGGACAGGAAGCCUUCGACAAGGCCAGGAAGGAAAACAAGCCGAUUUUCCUCUCAGUCGGGUACUCCACCUGCCACUGGUGCCACAUGAUGGAAGAGGAGUCCUUCCAGAAUGAGGAGAUCGGCCGCCUGCUCAGUGAGGACUUUGUGAGUGUGAAGGUAGACCGUGAGGAGCGGCCUGACGUGGACAAGGUGUACAUGAUGUUCGUGCAGGCCACCAGCAGCGGCGGGGGCUGGCCCAUGAAUGUGUGGCUGACUCCCAACCUCCAGCCCUUUGUCGGGGGCACCUAUUUCCCUCCUGAGGAUGGCUUGACCCGAGUCGGCUUCCGCACAGUGUUGCUGAGAAUACGAGAACAGUGGAAACAGAACAAGAACACCCUGCUAGAAAAUAGCCAGCGUGUCACCACUGCCCUGCUGGCCCGAUCAGAGAUCAGCGUGGGUGACCGCCAGCUGCCGCCCUCUGCCGCCACCGUGAACAAUCGCUGCUUCCAGCAGCUGGACGAGGGCUAUGAUGAGGAAUACGGUGGCUUCGCUGAGGCCCCCAAGUUUCCCACGCCGGUGAUCCUGAGCUUCCUGUUCUCCUACUGGCUCAGCCAUCGACUGACUCAGGAUGGCUCUCGGGCCCAGCAGAUGGCCUUGCAUACCCUGAAAAUGAUGGCUAACGGGGGCAUCCGGGACCAUGUGGGGCAGGGCUUUCACCGCUACUCCACAGACCGCCAGUGGCACGUCCCUCACUUUGAGAAGAUGCUCUAUGACCAGGCACAGCUCGCUGUGGCCUAUUCGCAGGCCUUCCAGCUCUCUGGUGAUGAAUUCUACUCUGACGUGGCCAAAGGCAUCCUGCAGUAUGUGGCUCGGAGCCUGAGCCACCGGUCCGGAGGCUUCUAUAGCGCAGAGGAUGCAGACUCGCCCCCAGAGCGGGGCCUGCGGCCCAAAGAGGGCGCCUACUAUGUGUGGACGGUCAAAGAGGUUCAGCAGCUCCUCCCGGAGCCUGUGUUGGGUGCCACUGAGCCGCUGACCUCAGGCCAGCUCCUCAUGAAGCACUACGGCCUCACAGAGGCUGGUAACAUCAGCCCCAGUCAGGACCCCAAGGGGGAGCUGCAGGGCCAGAAUGUGCUGACCGUCCGGUACUCGCUGGAGCUGACUGCUGCCCGCUUUGGCUUGGAUGUGGAGGCCGUGCGGACCUUGCUCAAUACAGGGCUGGAGAAGCUCUUCCAGGCCCGGAAGCAUCGGCCCAAGCCGCACCUGGACAGCAAGAUGCUGGCUGCCUGGAAUGGCUUGAUGGUGUCAGGCUAUGCUGUGACUGGGGCUGUCCUGGGCCAAGACAGGCUGAUCAACUAUGCCACCAAUGGUGCCAAGUUCCUGAAGCGGCACAUGUUUGAUGUGGCCAGUGGCCGCCUGAUGCGGACCUGCUACACCGGCCCUGGGGGGACUGUGGAGCACAGCAACCCCCCCUGCUGGGGCUUCCUGGAGGACUACGCCUUCGUGGUGCGGGGCCUGCUGGACCUGUAUGAGGCCUCACAGGAGAGUGCGUGGCUCGAGUGGGCUCUGCGGCUGCAGGACACACAGGACAGGCUCUUUUGGGACUCCCAGGGUGGCGGCUACUUCUGCAGUGAGGCUGAGCUGGGGGCUGGCCUGCCCCUGCGUCUGAAGGACGACCAGGAUGGAGCAGAGCCCAGCGCCAAUUCCGUGUCAGCCCACAACCUGCUCCGGCUGCAUGGCUUCACGGGCCACAAGGACUGGAUGGACAAGUGUGUGUGCCUAUUGACCGCCUUUUCCGAGCGCAUGCGCCGUGUCCCGGUGGCGUUGCCCGAGAUGGUCCGCGCCCUCUCAGCCCAGCAGCAGACCCUCAAGCAGAUCGUGAUCUGUGGAGACCGUCAGGCCAAGGACACCAAGGCCCUGGUGCAGUGCGUCCACUCUGUCUACAUUCCUAACAAGGUGCUGAUUCUGGCUGAUGGGGACCCCUCGAGCUUCCUGUCCCGCCAGCUGCCUUUCCUGAGUACCCUCCGACGGUUGGAAGACCAGGCCACUGCAUAUGUGUGUGAGAAUCAAGCCUGCUCAAUGCCCAUCACUGAUCCCUGCGAAUUACGAAAACUACUACAUCCAUGACUGCCCCAACCCCCUUGGGGUGGGGCAGAAGGUGAAGCAUCCCAACUGACUAGAGACUCAGGCCCUGCAGGGCCCUAUAGAACCUGUGGCCAUCCCUGAGCACCCUGCCACCAGGUGACCUCGGCCAUACUCACUGCCCCCCUUGGGCACCCACUCACCCUAGAAUAAACUUAACAGUGUCCCGUGGUAA